UUAGACAGAUUCAAGAUGGCGGCUGAUCGAUCAAAACAACGGGAGUCGGCUGGACUCCUGAUGUCGGUCAUCAGAACGCUAUCAUCCAGCGCUGAUUUUACAGAGAGGGAGAAAGAAAAGUCAAGACUAGAAAAAGCUUUCAAGGAAAGUGAUGGAAAACUGGAGCAAUUGGUAUCUGAAAAUUACAAUGAUUUGAAUCAAAUUCUACAGUCAUUUACAAAGAUAACGGACAGAAUUGAUGCCUCAAGGAAUAAGAUUCAGUUGGUGAAACAGAACCUAGACUCAUGUAAGAAUCUCUUGCAUUGUAAAAGGGAUGACCUGAGGAAAUUAUGGUUAGAGGGAGUCGAGCACAAGACUGUGGUCACUUUACUUGAUCAGAUUGAACACUUACGGCAGGUGCCUGACAAGUUGGAGAACUACAUGAGUAAGAAGCACUAUCUCCAUGCUACCAACCUGAUUGUGUCAGCUGUCUCCUCUCUGGAGGGGGAGCUAGCGGGAGUAGAAGCUCUCAGAGACCUUGCACAGGAACUCAAGAUUAAAAAAGAGCAACUGCAUGAAGUUUUGAUUGAUGAGCUUCACCGCCAGAUUUACAUCAAGUCGACCAGUAAUGUUGUCAAAGUGUUCCAGCGGCAAGGAUCGACAAGAGUGGCUGGAAAGCGUGGAAUACGGCCAUCACGAAAACCAACAAGCAGUGUGGAGUCUCUAAAACUUGAACAUAAAGUCAGUUCACCGAUUUCAAGCCCUCCGAUGUCACCUCCACCUGACCUUGACCUCUCAUUCCCGAAUGGCGUCCAUGAAGACCUGACGUCCGAACCAGAGAAAAACCAGCCGCUCUUCUUUGCAAUCUUGGUCGAAUCACUCAGCAUUCUCAAGAAGCUACCCGAGACCAUUGAGGCAAUGAAAAGUCGUAUUCAGCCCGAAUUGCUAGCCAUCAUACAGAGAGCGUCACAACAAGUUGCAGAUAGUGCCUACCAGCAAGGUGAAACUGAUGUGCUCUCCUCGUUGUUCCUCCCUAAAUACCUGAUGGAGUUACUCAACCUGGUGUUUGAAGAGUUUAGAUGUGUCGCUAUGGCCCAUAGAAUGGUGCUCAACAAUCUCACACGAGUCACGAAUUAUUCCAAGUCUGGUAGAGACAGUCCUGCGGACGUAGUGCUAUACAAUAUGAUGGAGGUCUGGUCAAAGAUACAGGCUGUUCUUCAACUCUUCCUGAGCGAUUACCUGGACAUCAGAAACACCGCCUCCUCCCAGCAACAGGCUCCGUCAUCUUUUGACGUUCCCAGCACAGACAUUGCCACAUUCUUUGCCAAGAAAAGACCAGCUAAACCAAAGAAGAUGGCGCUGUUCCGCUUCGAGGCAUCGUCCCACGCUAUCAGUAUGAAUAGCUACCUGCGCGAACAGAGGCAGGAGUUCUAUGGCUCGGGUGAAAUUCUGAACCGAGUUGAAACCAUCUCGGAGGUUGGCAAGCAGCUAUUUGUGUGUAAACCGGGAGCAAACAAUGUCACGGUUAUUUAUAACCCACUCCAGACAUUCAUUAAGGAAAUCCAGGCAGAACUUGGGUCACCGCAUGGGACGCCUUCCCUUCAGAUCUUCAUCACUGACUAUGUGAAGAACAUCUACCGUGGCCAGGUUCACUACAAUAUCUCAAACAGUAUCAACGCUGCCACAAAGAAUCCCGAUGCCAAUGGUUUUGAUGCCUUCAAAGCUAUUGUUGAUCAGAGAACACAGAAGGAACUUGGAGUUGCUCGGCCGCUGCUGCAGAGUACUGUGGUGGUGUGGAAGAAUAUCAACGAGUUACGUGACCUGAUGAAGGCGCUCCCAGACUACUCAGACGACUUUGUGAACAUGAUCUGUAAGAUACUUCAGGAGUACAAGGAUACCUGUCUGAACGCAUAUCGAGGGAUUGUCCUGACUGACACUGAUGACAAGAGAGUUAUCAGUGCAACGUGGGCCAAGGAUUUAGAUAUCAAAAGGUUUUUGAGGUCCUUACCAAACUGGCAGAACCUGAAAGAGGGCAAAGAGAGUAUCGAUCAACAGCGUGCGAACAUAUCAGAGGAGGACAUGCGAGCUUUGAAUUCGAAAGAAUCGGUGAUCUUGAAUGGGAACCUGGCCUCGGCAGAUAGUAUCCACCCCCAUGACAUCAUGAACGACACUACACAGCUAAGGUCACUGGCCAACCUGCAGGAGAGUUUUGAGUGGUUUUCUGCCAAGGUCAAAGUGUUUGUUGGAGAACUCCCAACUUCAAAAGAGGCCUUGCUAAGUUUGACUCAGUCUCCAGAGAAGUCAUUCAUUGCCACUCCCUCAGUCCCGGAAGAGGUCAUUAAGAAACUGAACGUGAUUGCGCAGAACUUCGAGGACUUGGCAGAGGAAUGUUUAUUGGUGCUACAUUUAGAGGUCCGGGUCCAUUGUUUCUUCUACUUAUUACCAGUUGCCAAACAGUCAGUAUAUUAUGGUGCAACAGACGACAUGGAUGCUGAUAAAGACAUCAUUAACUUGAACAGAGAUCUCACAAAUAUCGAUGAGGCUCUGACGCAGAGUUUAUUUCCAAGAAAAUGCAAGUAUAUCUUCGAAGGAUUGGGUCACCUUAUCGCGACGAUCCUCAUCAACAGUACGCAGUAUUUGAAGAGGAUCAAUGAAAACGGCAUCAAGAAGAUGACAAGGAACAUCUUCUCAAUCCAACAGAACUUGACAAGCAUCACAGGAUGUCGGGAGCCAGAUUUGGACCAUGCUCGCCAGUACUAUGAGCUCAUGUACCUCAAAUCAGACGACAUUCUAACAUUCAUCAUGGAGCAGGGACCACAGUUCCAGGAGCUGGAGUACAUCAAUAUCUUCCAGCUUCAGCAGAGAAGUCAACCGAUGAGUAAUCCUAAGACGUUGGAACAACGCCUAAAGAAAUUAAAGGAAAUUCUUCAUGAGAAACUUGUGUGAAGACAACAACAUUUGCAUUUUUCCAUGUGAUUAUGUGACAGAAAAACAUGAAGAGUUGCCUCACAAUAGCGAUAUAUGUUUCUAAGAACUGAUGUAUUAUCGUGUUUUACGAUGAAACUCUUCACAUGGAGGUGUGCUCAAGUUAUUAAAGAGAGAAAGUAUGCUUUUUUGGACUUCUCCAAAAAAUGUCUCAUGUGCAAUAUAAAACCUUCUGUAACUAGUCCAUAUCAAUUUUGACUGAAGACCCUGCAUUCUCAAAUAAAGACCAGCGUCUGUGUUUAUUAUACAUGUAGCACUGCGCUAUCAUACCAUAAGUAAACAUUAGGAUCGCUACUUAUCAUAUAGCAGUGCUGUACCUCUUGCUUCAUGGCAGUGUAUUCAAAUCUGUCUCUGAUAAUAGGUCACUUGAAAUUGUCUAUUCAAAUGUACAUGUAUGUCUACUGUGGAUAUAUUUAUGUAAAUAAAUCAGUAAUAAGUGUAA